AUGAAUAAAUGCAUUCAAUGGAUUAAACGCAUUCUGAGUAAGUGCUUAUCUAUGAUUCAAUAUUCGAAAAUGAAAAAUUUGGAUCCGAAUUAUCAAAUGCAAUAGUUUAGUUAAGUUGAAUUGAACUCAGACAAAGAAAUGAAAAAUAAUUUGAAAGUUGAACUGAGAACAGAGAGUAAAAGAGGUUAUAUAUUAUAAUAUAGAUUAUGAAACUGAAUUAGCUUCAUAAGAUUUAGAAAACUAAGUCUAAUAAUAGAAUUAGAAAUUAUUGGAAAAAUCCGAAGAUAUUGAUGUCCAUCAUAAUGAAAUUGAUUUAAGUCAAGCAAGAGAGUUUAUCCAAAAUAUUCCUAAUAUAGAAAUUUAAAAUAUUCAAAUGUAUACAGAUAUUGGGCUGUAGGCUGUUGAAAUAUUUAAAACUUAACUUGAUGAAUAUGAAGGUUAUGAACUACUUGAAAAUAAUAAAGAUGAAUUUACUUUUUGGAUAAGAUAUUAUGAAACACCAGAAAAAUUCUAAAUUACUUAAAUGAGAUACAAGUUCUCUCUCAACACUACUAUUUAAAAUUACCUUGCAUUUAUGAGAGACUUAUAAUUACAAAAGUAACUAGAUUAAUCAGUAGAUUAAUUUGAAUCUCAUUAUUCAAGUUAAGAAUUAUAGAUCAAUUACUUGAGAUAUAAAAAAAUACUUUUUAUGGAUCCAAGAGAUUUUCUAUAUAUUAAAUACACAAAAUUAAUAAAUGAAGAUUAAGUAAUUGAAAUCAGUAAAUCAUUUGAAAAUUAAAACUUUUAACCAUUGUAUAUUUAUAAUUAAAUAUAGUGUUCCAUCUACUAAGUCAACAAUUCGUGCUAUACUCUUAUUGAGUGGAAAUUUAAUAACAUAAGUAGAACCAAAUAAAAUAGAAAUUUAAACAUUUUCUGAAUGCAAUAUGAAAUUAAAAUUGAAACCAGCCAUGACUAAAACAGCUAGCAAAAAUGAAAUUAAGAAAUUGAUAAAAAAAUAUCGUGAUCAUUUUAAUUCAAUUUAAUGA